AUGGAGAAGUAUCUGCGCUCCUGGCGGCAGGAUGCGCUAAAUCGCGGCCAGCAUGACGCCGCGGUCUACAUUGGCGACAAGGUUCUUGCGCUCACCAACAGCGAUUCAGAUGCUUUUUGGCUAGCCCAAGUCCACUUCUCCAACAACAAUUUCACGCGCGCCUUGGCCCUUCUAUCCCGCAGAGACCUUAUCACGAGAAGCAGCGCCUGUCGCUACCUGGCCGCCCAUUGCUACAUCAAACAGAACCAGUUCGAACAAGCCUUGUCAAUCCUUGGCGAUCAAAACCCAACCGAUUUGAUCCGGAGUAACAACAGCCGGCGGAAGAUCCAACACCUUAAUGGCCAGAGUCAUGUCACACUACGGAACGGGAAAAACACUACGACGCGCGGGGAACGAGGCGAGGGUCGAGAAAGGGAUGAUGAGAGUAGCGUGAGGUUUGAGGCCGCCAUGUGCUAUCUGAGGGGGCUCUGCUUUGCCAAGCAGAAUGCCUUUGAUCGCGCACGCGACUGCUACAAGGAUGCCGUUCGAAUUGAUGUGCAGUGCUUCGAAGCGUUCGACCAGCUCAUGAAGAACUCCUUGAUGUCGCCCACCGAGGAGCUGGAGUUCCUUGAAUCGCUGGACUUUGACUCGGUAUCCUCACCUGACCCCGCCAUCGCUCAAGAGGCGGCUCACUUCACCAAAAUGCUUUAUACUACCCGCCUGUCCAAGUACUCGGCACCGAGUAUCUUAUCCGACGCUACCGAAACUCUUUCCACACAUUACAACCUUUCCAAAAACCCCGACAUCUUGCUCUCUCGUGCCGAGGCGCUGUACACCCAAUGCCGAUUUGCCGAAGCCCUCGAGCUGACCUCUUCCAUACUUUCUACCUCCCAGGCGACUGAUUUGACAUCAUCCAACGGGCCGGGAGGUCCUGCACAUCACAAUCUGGGCCACACACCAGCAGUCUAUCCUCUUCAUCUGGCGUGUCUUUACGAAACGGGAGCUACAAACGCCUUGUUCUUGCUCUCGCAUAUGCUUGCGGACCAUGCGCCCGAGGAGCCCUACACUUAUCUCGCCAUCGGUGUAUACUAUUUAGCAGUAUCAAAGGUCGCCGAGGCUCGUCGAUUCUUUUCUAAAGCAUCUCUGCUAGACCCUCAUUCGGCCCCAGCUUGGAUCGGAUUUGCUCAUACCUUUGCGGCUGAAGGCGAACAUGAUCAGGCCAUCGCGGCCUACAGCACGGCCGCGCGACUUUUCCAAGGCAGUCACCUACCACAGCUCUUCCUGGGAAUGCAACACCUCGCUUUGAACAACAUGGCGCUGGCUCAUGAGUAUCUCUCUGCAGCAUAUGCCAUGUCAACCGGAGCCGCACCAGGCUCCACCCCUGAGCUUCCCCCCACCUCUUCAGAGAUGCCUCUUGGAGGCGAUCCUCUGGUGCUCAAUGAGCUCGGUGUGGUCUUUUAUCAUCAGAACAAUCUUCCUGCUGCGGUAGAAAUGUUCCGACAAGCCCUAGCGUUGGCCGCGUCACUCCACAGUGAACCGGGUGCCUGGGUUGCUACUCGUGCCAACAUGGGUCAUGCCUUUCGUCGUCUCGGCCGUCUACCCGAGGCACUGCGAGAAUUCCAGGAGUGCCUUCGGGUAGGUGCUGGAGGCACCAGCCUGGGAUACUCCCCGUUUUUGGGAGGUGGAGCAGGGGGCUCUGCGGCGGUGGGGACCGCGUCCGGGGUAGGAGGCUAUGAGGACCGUGGGCUGGUCGGAUCAUUGCAUACUUCAUGUGGCAUCUUGUUACUGGAGCUCGGACGCACGGGCGAGGCUGUGACAGCGCUGCACGAAGCUGUUCGCGUGCUUGGGGCCACUGGUGGUGGAGACGCUGCUGGUGGUGCAGGGGUGGCUGGGACCUUACUCAACCGAGCCCUCGAGCUCUGGUCCUUGGAAGGUCGUGAGCGAGAUCAACAAGCGAUGGAAGAGAGUGCCCGACCGUCUCACGGUCGUUCGGCGAACCGCAAACCUCGGGAGCGGCCCGGGACGAAUGAGAGUAACCGUCGUCGAAUCCGACACGCAGGAUAUGCCGAGGAAUGGACGGACGAAGUCACGCAUUCUGCCACGCCCGAGACCACCGGGUCGGGGACGAUGGAAGAGCGGGCCGAGAUGGAUCUUGAUGAUAAGGCGGAUAGUAUUCUUGGGCGCGCAUUGGGUCGGGUUCGGCCUGGCCGACAGCGCCGCACGCCUCGGCCGGCCAGUCCCGUUAUCGAGGGUGAUACGCCCGCGCAAAGUACUCGCCGAGAAAGAGCCCAGCGAAGUCAAUCACGGCAAUAA